AUGUCUACCAUUCAGGCGACAGGAUCACAUGUCGAACCAUCAGUCCCCGUCCUUCCUGACGGGCUUACCUUGAAAUACGUCGCCGAAGGCGCAGCUAAUGUCAUUUGGCGUAUCUCAUUACCUGAUGAGCAACUAACCCCGCCCCCAACCGCUAUCGAAAAAUACUCUGGGUCCACUCCUCCGCCGUCGGUGGUCGAUACAGAUGUAGAUAUCAGCAGGGUGAAUGGUACCACCAAAGCCAAUGGCACCAAUGCCUCGACUACUACCUCUGCUGUUACAGACUAUAGUCAUCUUUUACUCCGCCUUCGAAAAUGCCUUCCUUCAUCAGAGUCAAAUUUGUUGGCGUACGAGUACCUUUCCUCCGUUAUAAUGCCUUUGUUCCCCCCGGGGGUAAUGGUUGGCCAGGAAUUAGUUAAGCUACCGCCGGCAUUGGUUGUUCGUGCGAACGAUACUUUGCAUCAUCUGGAAGAAUCCGGGGUCCGCCCGGCUCACCGUCAAAAUUUGUACUUGGCUGGCGACCCACGGCCAGGCGAGCAGCAAAUGGAGGAGGUUUACGCCUUUCUACUAGAGGAUAUGACUCCAAAUACUUCCCUUGGUGAAUUUCUCUUAGAGUUCAAGGCGAAAUGGUUGGUACAAUCCCCGAACGCUCCUCAGGGCUGGAAGCGAUGUAGAACAUGUGCAUUGCGAUUGAGAAAAUAUAGCAGAGCGAUCAAAAAAGGCAAAAAAGUCGAAUGGCGUGGUAUCUGCCCCUUCGAUCUAGUAUCCAACGACCAGGAGAGAGCAAAAAUUGCCGUCAGGCGUAUUCUUCAACAGCCAAGGUCUGAGGAUGAAAAGCUCGUGGGUAGAGUCACAUCAGCAUUGAUGGGCUGUCCCCAGCUUUCUAUUCUGAAGGAGCUUCAGGCGUCUCUUGAUCCAAAGGGGAUUUUAGGCGCGGAUCAUAAGUCGAAGGAAUUUCUGACAGCAAUGACUUUACGAGAUUGCACUUUUUAUGUCAAGGUAUCACCAACCGAUGUCCAGGCCCGGCUCGGCGAUUUUGAUGUCAAAAGUGGGGAAGCAGGGAAAAGCGAUUAUUGGAUUGAAACUGAGCGAGAGUUGAUCAAUGAAGGAUGGUACUCUGGAACCGAAGAUGGUGACUAUCCCUGGAAGGCUGGGGGGCUUGAAGUUGUCUGCCGGGCUUGA